CCUAAGUGUGCAAUUUGCAAAAGUGGCGAAGGCAACAACAUCCAAGCUGUUGUGGUGGUCGCGCACAUCGAGCACCACCGACCAUCAUCGCCAUCACCACACACCACUGCACCACAUAGGCCGCACACAUCCUCUUGCCUUGCCUUGCUGCUUGGAACCUUUGCAGCAGGGUGGUUUCCUUCCCUUUCUCGUGGCCUGGCGUGCUUGAGGAUGGGUGAUGCUCGCCCACCCGGCGCCAGCGACACGGCCAUGCAGCGGCGUGGCCUGGUUGCCAGCGAGACGGGCGGCAUCGUGGCCAUCGCUGUGCUCGAUUCCCUCGCGCUCGCAGGCACAUCCACGGGUGACAUUGUUGUCUGGGACAUGGACACCAACACCGUCAAAACAACCCUCACAGGACACACAGAGAAGAUUGCAGACAUUGUCGUUGAACCAGCAGGGCAACGUGCUGUGUCUGCGUCGUACGAUGGCACGGCGCGCGUGUGGUGCCUGCUUGAGUUCACGUGCCUGCACGUGCUGGAGGGCCACGAGUCGUGGUUGCGCAGCGUGGAUGUGUACGACGGCCUCGUCCUCACCGCCGGCGGAGACAACACGGCACGCGUGUGGAGCAUCGACCGCGGCGUGCACGAGAACACGCUGCUGGGCCACACAGACUGGGUCAAGGCCGUGCGCGUGCACCGGCCCGAUCGCAGCGUGACGGUGACGGGGUCGUGGGAUGCAACAGUACGCACGUGGUCAACAGACACGGGCUCGCUGCUCAAGACGGUCACGUGCGACAGCGCUGUGCGGUGCCUGUGCGACAACAGCAAGAAGCUGGAGGCUGUGGCCGGCUGUGUAAGCGGCUCCGUCUCCAUCAUCGACCUCUCCGUCGGGGUAAUACGUGUGCAGCUGCUGCCACCGCAACACGACCCGACCAACGCCGUCCGCUCGCACAUGCACGCCAUCCUCGCCGCCACCAGCGCGGCCACCGUGCACGUGUGGACGUGCGACGGCCCCUCCAUUGGCGUGUUCAAGCAGCACACCGCCUUUGUCAACGACGUAUCCGUUGCCCCCGACGGCACGUGCGUAUCUGUGGACGGGGAGGGCCACGUGUUUGCGUGGGAGAUGGAGACGCGCCGUGUUCUGUUUGAGGACGCAACAGAAGCGCCCGCGUUAUGCUGCACCGCCACAGGCAACGACGAGACAACCUGCCUCGCAUGCGGCCUCGAAAACGGACGUGUGCUCUCCGUUCGCUUCGCCUCGCGUGAUGUGGACACGGAGAAGCCAGCAGACACUACCACAAGUUGGUGA